AUGUCUGAAACCAUCAAAGGGCCAGGUAUCUUAUGGGUGCAGUCCAGGAUUGCUCAGUCCGCAAGAGAUAGCUUCACGGAGCCAAAUUUCCUUCACUGGUACGACGAAGAACACAUCGCUGAAGUUAUCUCAACGAGUGGCAUUAAGAAUGCCUUUCGCUACGUAGACAUGAACAAAACAUCACCGUGCGGCGACUCAGCCAAUUCAAAGCCAUUCCUGGCAUUUUAUCCAAUGUCCGACCUGGCAUUUACGCUAGGCGACGAGUUCAGGAAUAUUGCGGUCAAGAGCGACAAGCUCCCUGGCAGUGGUGUCAUUUAUGAUCUGGCGGACUUGGAUGUCAGCUAUCUUGGGUUUAUCGGGGCCACGACUAGAGAAAGGGUGGAAGAACGAACACAGUACAUACUGACUUCAGGAAUCAAGCCCGAGAAAGAGCUACCUACCAGAGAUAUCAACGCCUUCUACGAUCGACAAACUGCUCAGGUAUCGCAAGGCAAGGGAUACAUACGUUCUCUACGCUUCCGGCUCCUUUACGCACGUACAAACGCUCAAUCCCGGGCUCUGAAGGGUCUUCCAACAACCGACGAACCGAAUCCUGAUCCACCAACCUGGCUAUCUAUCCAUGAAUUCUCAACGAUUCCGGAUAAGAGUGUUGCUGAAGCAUUGGCAAAGGAUCCGGGAGAUGCAGAGACGGGGGGUAAGCAGCGUGUCACGCAGAACGAAGUGCAUGUAUGGAAGUUGGAACGUGUGCAUGGAGAGGGAAUUUUCUUUGAGUAG